GACGUAAGGGUGGGGCGGGAGGGGAGGUACGGCAACAUCAGGGCGUCCGGUCUUCUCUGUCGCUAGGAAGCGGGCAACCGGAGGAAAGAUGGUUUACAUCUCGAAUGGUCAGGUGUUAGACAGCCGGAAUCAGUCCCCCUGGAGAUUGUCUUUCAUAACAGAUUUCUUCUGGGGAAUAGCAGAAUUUGUGGUUUUUUUUUUCAAAACUCUGCUUCAGCAAGAUGUGAAGAAAAGAAGAGGCUACGGGGGCUCCUCUGAUUCCAGAUAUGAUGACGGAAGAGGGCCACCAGGAAACCCUCCACGAAGAAUGGGUCGGAUCAGUCACCUUCGUGGCCCCAGCCCUCCUCCAAUGGCCGGUGGAUGAGGAAGGUAAACGUCUGCUCUGAGAAGCAGACAACUAGACAUACACGCCUAGAAGGGAACCAUCAAGAGGUGAGGAGCGGCUCAUGAGGAGAAGAUGGUGUAUGUCCAAACAAGGACUGCUCUGUGUCCUCACAGAAGAAUGAGGUCAUGCUGGGAACUCCCUCUGCAGGAUCUGGCCUGACUGAUGUGCAGUUCUAUAAAUGUACAUGUGUGUCUCCUUAUCUGUUUUGUAUAGUUCACUAAAGUUAAUAUAGAUUUAAGAAGUAAAUAUUUUUAGGUUGCAAAACUUGAUUCUUCAUCUUUAUAUGAUUAUACCCAAAAUCCUUGAUCUGGAAGAAAUAAAGGCCAUGUAGUUAGUCCUGGAUUUUUUUGUUUGUUUGUUUGUUUGUUUGGUUGGUUGGUUGGUUGGUUUUGGGGGUUUUGGGUUUUUGGGUUUUUUUUUUGUUGUUGUUGUUGUUGUUGUUGUUUUUGGUGUUUUUGUUUUUUUUUUUUUUUUUUUGGGUCUGGCUUUUCUGAGCCACCGUGCCCUUCUCCAGUGUAUAUCGUCCUGUUAAUGUUGCCUUUCCUCGGCUUUUGAAACACUGCUCACUGUUGCUUUGCUCUCAUUUGUAAAUAAACCACAAUGCAGUUAC